ACCCAGGUGCCCCCAAAGUCAGGAUUUAAGUUGAAGUUAAGUCACCUCAUUCCCUCAUGCAUUCACUUACUAAUUCUUUCACUCACUUAUUAGUGGUAAUACAAUGAAAGAUUUAAUAUUAUUAUAUAACAGUAAUAGUAAUCAUAGGAGACAGUUACUGAGUACUUAUGAUAUGCUGAGUACUCUGGUAAGUCGGGCUUAGACAUGAUCUGGGUUAACCCUCCUAGUGGCUCCCCACAAGGUGAGUAUUGUCACCUCCAUCUCUCCUGGGAGGACACCCGGAUUUGGAGGGGUUGCGCAAGCCCUCUAGAUGUCUAUUUUCUACCAUGCCUGCAGCCGUCCCAGAGGGUACAGAGAUGAAUAAAGACACAGUACUUGGCCUUAAGGUGCACCACGGCCUGGAAGAGAGGGGGAAGGAUAUAGAAGACAAUAAAUGCAUUAAGCUUUGCUAGAAAUCUGUGUGGAAUCCAAGAAAAUCAAAAUGGAAAGCGACUUCCCCAAGACUCAGAGGUGCAGGGAACUGAUUAUUUUUCUGCUGCUCACCUUUCACGAUGAAGGAGGAUCAAGUCGUGCUGGAAGAACCAGGAUUCCAAGAUGAAGAGGAAUCUUUGUUUCAAGACAUUGACCUGUUACAAAAACAUGGGAUUAACGUGGCUGACAUUAAGAAACUAAAGUCCGUAGGAAUCUGUACCAUCAAAGGGAUACAGAUGACAACUAGAAGAGCACUAUGCAAUGUCAAAGGGCUCUCAGAAGCAAAAGUGGACAAAAUUAAAGAGGCAGCCAACAAACUCAUCGAGCCAGGAUUCUUGACUGCCUUUGAGUACAGUGAGAAGAGAAAGAUGGUUUUCCAUAUCACCACUGGGAGCCAGGAAUUUGAUAAGUUGCUAGGAGGUGGAAUUGAAAGCAUGGCAAUCACAGAAGCUUUUGGAGAAUUUCGUACUGGAAAAACCCAGCUCUCUCAUACCCUCUGUGUGACAGCUCAACUUCCAGGAGCAGGUGGCUAUUCAGGAGGAAAGAUUAUCUUCAUUGAUACAGAAAAUACUUUCCGUCCAGAUCGCCUUCGGGACAUUGCUGACCGCUUCAAUGUAGACCAUGACGCAGUACUGGACAACGUCCUUUAUGCCCGUGCAUAUACUAGUGAACAUCAGAUGGAGCUACUUGAUUAUGUAGCAGCAAAGUUCCAUGAAGAAGCCGGCAUCUUCAAGCUAUUGAUCAUUGAUUCAAUAAUGGCACUUUUUCGAGUAGAUUUCAGCGGUCGUGGGGAGUUGGCUGAACGGCAGCAAAAAUUGGCCCAGAUGUUGUCACGACUCCAAAAAAUCUCAGAAGAAUAUAACGUGGCUGUGUUCGUGACCAAUCAAAUGACUGCUGAUCCAGGAGCAACUAUGACUUUUCAGGCAGACCCCAAAAAACCCAUCGGGGGACACAUCCUGGCUCAUGCUUCAACAACAAGAAUAAGCUUGAGAAAAGGAAGAGGAGAACUGAGAAUUGCAAAGAUUUAUGACAGCCCUGAGAUGCCUGAAAAUGAAGCCACCUUCGCAAUAACUGCUGGAGGAAUUGGGGAUGCCAAGGAGUAGGUGGCAAAUUGAUGCAAAUUGCUUCUUAGUGCUUAUUAGGAGCUGAAGAAAUGGAAAAGCGGUCUGAAAUUUCAGAACUUGAAGUAAGAGUUUGUUUUUUUUCACAUGCUAUUAGAGGAAAGUCAACAAAAGAAAUUUAAAUCUUAUAUUUAUCCUAAAAGUCCCUGAUGUAUAAUCCCUAUACAUUGUAUGUCAAUUCAGGAAUAUAUA